AAAGUGCAAAUAAAACGUGAGUUUUAAUGAAGAAAGUUGCAAAUAGAGAACAAAUACAAAUAUGUAUGUGAAGUCCAAGAGUAAUAUUUAUAAGCAUGAAUAACAAAUAUACGUACGAAGAAAUUGAAAAAAAAAAAUACGAGAAAGUGAAAUAUCAAUUGUUUAGUGUCGCAUCUUCAAGAUUAUGCUCGCCAAGAAAUGUAUGCCUUAGAAUCUUUAUGAAAACACUGACGUGCACGCUAAUCGAGGUGAAGCACUCAACAUGUUUUGCGCCUUGCUUCAGGGCUUAGGCUCUCUUUAAGCGUAGAUAGAAUUGAAUUAGUUUCCUACUGCGUUUUCUUUUUGGGGUGUGGGUGUGGGGGGUGGAGUGGGUUGUUUUCUUGCUAACAUGCCUUUCUAAGGUGUCAAUGUUACAAACUCAUUCAAUCUUUCUUCUUCUUCUUUUUUUUUUUUUUUUUUUUUUUGAGAAUGUAUGAUUGCUUUUCUCUAAAUUCGAGUUUUCAUUCUUUUGUAGGACGGCCAAGUCGGAGAUGGUAGUAUACUGGUGCUUGCCGAGGAUGUUAUGGUACCAGUUAGUGUGGUAAAAAAUGCAAUCAAUAUCUUGAAGAAAGAGGGAGUUGAGAAGUUGGACCCUAUGAUUUUUACUCAAGCUUCAACGCAGAGUAAAUUCUCUCCCUUAUGUUCUGCAUCUAUGAAUAUUGUGGCUCUCAUCUGUAGGUCCCUUGAGUUUCCUAGUGAUAAAUUGUGUGGGGACAUAUCAAGAGUGUUGAAGCCCGGUGGAACAGUCCUACCUAGUCUAUGUUCUCAAUCAGUCUUGAAGGCGAGUGAAUUGUCACUUUGUGCAUACUUUAUGGUGGAGAAUUUUUAUGGGUGUGUGAAGUGUCCUUUCCAUCUGAAUUACAGGCAAACUCCACCCAUGAGCACAAGUUAUUAUUGGCUGGAUUCUCUGAUGCACAGUCAUCUGAAGCUGGCCAUGCUAUCCCGUAUGGCUAAUUUAAUCUGUGAACAGAUAACAGUAAAGAAACGUUCAUGGAAGGUUGGGUCAUCUUUUUCUAUCAAGAAAGUCACAAAAAUUUUACCGAAAGUUCAGAUUGAUGAUGAUUUAGAUCUCAUUGACGAGGAUAGCCUUCUCACUGAAGAAGAUCUCAAGAAACCUCAAUCGCCAGGUGUUGGUGAUUGUGAAGUUGGGAAAACAAGGAAAGCAUGCAAAAACUGUACAUGCGGACGGGCUGAAGCUGAGACAAAAGUGCAACUUGGACCAACUGCUGAACAAUUGAACAAUCCUCAGUCUGCCUGUGGCAGUUGUGGUCUAGGCAAUGCUUUCCGUUGCGGUACAUGCCCUUAUAAGGGCCUUCCUCCAUUCAAACUUGGUGAAAAGGUACAUGUCAAGCACGAGCUAUUAUUGAGGUUGUGUUAUACAUGAAUAAGUAUUCAUUAAUAUAUUUAUCACUUACCAGAGGAAAAGAUUGCAGUAUACACGAAGGCAACUGUUACUAACAUUUUAUAGUAAUGACGUCAGUGUUCAUUGUGAACAUUUUUACCAAAAUUUGAUUGUGUUGGGAUAUACAAGAGGAAGGAGCCAAAAAAAUAAAUAAAAAUGGCGCAUACUGUAUACUGUAUGCACUUUAACCUUGAGAACAUGUGGAAGAAUGCUGCAAAGGGGUGGGGAAGGCUAUAUGUGCUGUCUUGUAACAGAAAGUAGGACUUCUAGACUUGCAAUGUUUGGGAAACAUAAUAUGAGAACAGGCUGAAUGCUCUGUAGGAUGUUUGCUUUUACUUCCAUUGAGAUAAAGAUCAAACUUAUUUACUUAAUUGUUUGAGUUGUUUGACAUUGUGGUGCAUCUUCAUAUGGCCAUAAAUAGACAUCAAGUUCUUCAUCCGUCGUCAUUUGGCAGCAUAAUGCAAUCUUUUCUAAUUGAUCUGUUAUAUGAGUGAUGUGUUGCAUUGAAUCUGACUUGGACAUGGAACACAAGAUAGCCUCUUGCCUUCUGGGAUCCCAUCUGGCAAUCGAUCAUUCUACUAAUGUUUUUUUUUUUUUUUUUUUUUUUUUUUUUAAUUGUAAAUGAAUCAAAUUUUUGAGAAUAACUUAUCCAACGAGAAAAAAGAGAAGAAUCUCUAAAAGAUGUACAUGGCGAAUUCUUGGGUAAAAAAAUCCUCGGUUGUAAAAAGCCCUCUCUUUGACUUCUUCUUCUUUCGCCUUCCCGGCCAUCUUUUUACCCCGUUUUGUGUUAGCAAUUUUUUGUUGUGAAAGUAAAUCAGUGUGCUUUUAUAUGCCAAGCAAAGGAGUUCUAAUUUUACACUUUGAAAGAACACUCUGAAUAACAGGGAGGGAUUGUGAGCUGGUUUCUAAUUAGCCAGGUUUCUAAGUAUUUUUCUUUUCUUUGACUGGAAGCUUUUUUUGUUACUUUGCUUUGUUUGGGUCUCACGUGUGGCUGUCUCGGAAUAUGAAGAGACACAAUCAACCUGUUUUAGAACUAAUGGCGGAUCCUAAAUACAGGGCAUGCCUUCGAAUAUGAUCAGAA